UAUUUUCUAAGUGACAUUUAGUGAUAGCUCUAUUCUCAUUUGACAUUAAUAAAGAUUUAUUUUUGUAAACAACUCUGCUAUUUAUCUUUCACAAUCUAAAUGGAAACUAAACCAAAAAGUGAACAUCUACUAGAAUUGAAAGUAAUGAGGUUAACACGACCUAUGCUUGCAAGUCCAGUAGUUAUUACUUGUGAUUCAACAGAUCUUCCUGGUAAUACUUUAAAUAAUGAGCUUAAGAAUGAUUGUACUGCAUUACAAGGAAUGGAAACCCUUGCAGUAGGACAGUUUAUGGUAUUACCGCAAAGUUUCGGUAACAUUUAUUUAGGUGAAAUAUUUUCAAGUUAUCUUUGUGUACAUAAUGGCAGCAAUCAGAUCGUAAAGAAUGUUACUGUUAAAGCAGAUUUACAAACAAGCACUCAGAAUAUAUCUCUUUGUGGUAAUAGUGGAGAAAUGAAAGAUUUAGCACCUGACAGUACAGUUGAUGAAGUCAUACACCACGAAGUAAAAGAAAUAGGCACACAUAUAUUAGUAUGUGAAGUAACUUAUACCCCAGGAAAUUUAGGUAGCACUGCACAAUCAUUUAGAAAAUAUUUUAAAUUUCAAGUGGUAAAACCAUUAGAUGUUAAAACAAAAUUUUACAAUGCAGAGUCAGAUGAAGUAUAUCUGGAAGCACAAAUACAGAAUCUCACAGCUGGCCCAAUUUGUUUAGAAAAGGUUUCGCUUGAAUCAUCUCAUUUAUUUAGUGUAUCAACGUUAAAUACAAAUGAAAAGGGAGAAUCUAUUUAUGGAUUAGUUAAUAUAUUAGAUACUGAUUGUAGUAGACAAUAUUUAUAUUGUUUAAAACCACAAUUGAGUUUAUUGAAAGAUCCAAAAAUGAUGCAUAAUGCAACAAACAUUGGAAAGUUAGAUAUUGUUUGGAGAAGUAAUUUGGGGGAAAGAGGAAGAUUACAGACAAGUCAAUUACAAAGAAUGGCACCUGAAUUUGGUGAUAUACGAGUUACAAUGAAAAAUAUUCCUCUCACAGUUUACCUUGAGCAAUCAGUGAAUUUUAAUUGUCAUAUAAUAAAUACGUCUGAAAGAAGCAUGGAUUUAAUGUUAAGUUUGGAAUCAAGUAGCUCUAUAGCAUGGUGUGGAAUAUCUAAUACAGUGAUAGGAACAUUGAAACCUGGUGUUUCAAUAGAUAUUCCUUUAUGUUUAAUUCCCUUACGUAGUGGUAUAAUAGGGAGCACGAUUCACAGUACACCACGAAAUAUGAUAUCACAAUAUCAUAUUUCGAACAUUGCGGCGAAGAGUGGCAGGUUCUAUUUGUCCUAUGAAGAUUCAAAUGAAAAAGGUACGUAAAUGAAAAUUUUGAAACGGUACGUCUCAAAGUAGGAUAUUAUAGAAUAUAGAUUAUAAAUUGUAUAAGAUACUAAAAUUCAAUUAUUUAAAAAAAAUUUAUCAGCAUUAGUGCUUAAAAGGUCUUAUCCUAAGGGAAUGUAUUCAAUGUUAUAGUAAUAUUAUUAAUUAAAUAAAUUAGUUUGUUUGUAUUUCAUUAAGUUCUACUUAUUUUACUAGACAUUUAUUUCACUUAAAAGAACCGUUUACCUUUUUAUUCUUGUAAUAGAAUGUUAGACAACCUAUUUAAUAUAAUAUUUUUGACAGCUACAAGUGCAACACGUUGUUUUUUGCAACAACUACUGAAACGUGGUAAUUUUUAUAGCGCAAAAACAAUACGAGUUAUUCUUUGUUGCUACAAAUAAGAACAUGUUACCUUUCGAUUUAAAAUUGAAAAGCGCUGCUUUUCAUGGUCACAGAAUCCAAAGAAAGUUGUCUUUGUAAGACAAAUGGAACGUACGAACUUUUCGUAACGCAUGUCUAUAAAUAUUUCAGCAUAUUAUUU